CAACAAGAACUAACAAAAGUGUAUAAACGUAAAUUUUUGGUGUUUACUGUCAGUAUCCUUUAGAUGAAUCCAGUUAUGUGUUUGUCUCCCGUUGUAUCAUGGGUAAAUAUGAGUGAGCAAGUGUACAUCGAAUGUACCCUCAAAGUCAGAGUGCAUUGUGGGAAAAUAGUAGUGAAUAAAGGUAAGGAAUUAAAUUGUUCACUUAUUUAGGUUUCGAAAACCACUACAAAAUGGCGGACGCCAAAUAUAGUGCACUAGAUAGGGAGCGGUUUCGAACACAGCCAAGAUUUUUUAAUAUUUGGGGGGCACUUCAAAUGUGGUCACCCUAGAGCCUGGUCUUAAGGUCAUGGCAAAGUCUGACUGAGCAUUGAAACACAAACUUAUUUAAUAAACACUAUAAUAAUAAUUUUUUAUUCUGUCAUCAUUUCUUUUUGUCUCCUCCUGCCUGCUGUUUUUCUUUCAUCUCUGUAUCUGUCUCAUGCAAGUGUUCACUCACAAAAAAAUUGACUAUCUUCGACAAUGUUUUAUUUUAUUUUCAAAAAACUAAACCUUGGAUGAUGAAAUGUGCAGUAUUAUAUUAACAGGCAGCGUAAACAGAUCAACAGUACAGAAGAUAACUGAAAUAGACAACUUAACACUGAAAUACAGUUAAUAUCAUCAUUUAAAUAUUUUUGGUCUUUCUAUUAAAACUUUAGUCAACCUAUAUUUACAAAAAAUAUAUAAUUAUAAUUUUGCACUAGUGGAUAGUGAAGAAACUUUCCCAUCUGAUGUGGGAUUACAAUCACAUGAUAUUCCGGUUAUAUAGAGAAGUAAUUCUCUUUCACUUCUGGGAUUUUACAAAUGGUUUUUUAGGGGUUGUUAUGUAACACAUUUAUCACUGUUAUUUAUUUAAGUUUAUUUGCAUUUUCUUAUUAUAGCUCUUUAUUGUCUGAAGCAUGGCAGAAUUCAGAGGUGAAGAUGAGAACACAUAUGACCAUGAAACAGUCUCACAUGAAGAAAGACAAUCCAGAGACAACAAUAAAACUUUUAGAUUUAUGAUGCUUGGACGUGAUGAUGCUCUUAUGAAUAAAGCUUGUGCUGCAAUCCUUGGGUUACCACAAAGAGAGAAUGACAGAAAUAUUGGAACAUGUGUGGUUAAGGAGGAUGAGAUUAGUGGACGAAGGAUCUCUGUGUUAAAAACACCAUCAUAUUGGCUGGAACACUUGAAGUCAAACAUGUUUUUCAGCAAUGGAGUCAAAUCUAUUAGAAAUGAGAUGGAAUUUUGUGAAUCUCAGCUCUUUCCUGGGCCUCAUGCUUUUCUACUGGUGCUUGGUGAUGUGCAAAACUCUGAUAAAGAGCAUCUGCUUUUACAAGCUCUGAGUGAUGUCUAUGGAGAGGAUGCUUUAGACUACACUAUGGUGUUAUUAAUGCGUAAUGAUGGGAGACGUGACAUUCUAAAGAACCGCUGUGUCAAGAGGUGCAGGGAGAGAUAUUACGUUUUAGAGGACAAUGAAGACAGUGUUUUAAAUCUGUUGGAAGACAUCGAGGCAAUGACACAAUGGAAACAAAAUAGCUAUUUCACAAAACAUUUUGAGUUACUGGAAAGAGCUAAAAAAUACUUUCAAAAAGAAUGUGAAACAUGUGAACAAUGGAAAGGAGAACUGGAGCGAAUGAAAUUGACAGUGAAGGAGAAAAGCAAUGAAAUUACAGAAUUACAGAAAAAACACAGUGAUGAUCUACAUAAAGUAAUAUAUGAAUUCAAAGUCAGUGAGAAUCAGCUUAGAAAAGAUUUGAAUCAGCUUGGAAAAGAUUUGGAUGAUUCAAAAGUCAGAGAGAAUCAGCUAAGAAAAGAUUUGGAUGAUUCAAAAGUCAGAGAGAAUCAGCUAAGAAAAGAUUUGGAUGAUUCAAACGUCAGAGAGAAUCAGCUAAGAAAAGAUUUGGAUGAUUUAAAAGUCAGAGACAAUUAUCUUAGAAAGGAUUUGGAUGAUUUAAAAGUCAGAGAGAAUCAGUUUAGAAACUAUUUGGAUUAUUCAAACUUUAGAGAGAAUCAGCUUAGAAAAGAUUUGGAUGAUUCAAAAGUCAGAGAGAAUCAGCUAAGAAAAGAUUUGGAUGAUUCAAAAGUCAGAGAGAAUCAACUAAAGGCUGACAAUAAGAAACUUAAAAGAGAAAUAGAGUCACUCAAAGAAAAAGAAAUGUGUGAGAGACAAAGAGAUGUGGAUAAAAGAAAGAUUGAACUGGAGACCAGAGAGAAAGAAUCAGCCCCGUCCAGUGAAUCAGAACCUGAUCGGUACAGCAGCACAGCAGUUCCUCCUCCUGCUGACAAGACCAGACCUGCAGAUGAAGGAGACAGAGCAGAAGGCAGAGAUGAAGCAUCACAAGCCUCAGGAUCAGAUGUGACCGUAGGAUUGAAACUUGUGAGACGACACAGCCUGCCAUAUGACCCACCAAAUAUGUCUGAAAGUGAACAUGGACCUCUACAUAAUUUGAAAAAAAACCUGAGCACUGAGGACAAAUUCAGUUUUUAUCUGGAGGCUUUAUAAAAGAUGAACAUGUGACCCUGACAGACAGAAGUGUGACUGACAGAAACCAGUUGGUGUUGCAUACUUUGUUCAUGUUAACUAUUUUACAGAUUAAUAAUGGUUAAUAUGUAAAGAUCAAAUGGUGCAGGACCUCUCUGAAACAGUAUUCUUGAUUCUCAUCUGACUGCUGGCAAACAGAGAGUUAAUAUAAAUUUUGUUCUAAUGAAGAACAGCAGCUAUAAAAAUUCUUGGUCAUUUAAACCAGACUUAAAAAUGUCUGUAAUGUAACGACAACAUAUCAAAACAAGUGUUAUUAGCUCUAUACAAUGUGAAUAUUUCUGUGAAAUAGAAGAAGUGUUUUACUGAUCACAUGUUGAUCAUAACAGUGUGCUUCACAUUGAAGUUUUACACCCCCAUGGAAUCAGUUUGUGGUUCAAAGAUUUAUCAUUGAUUCAGUCUGUUAGUAUAUAAAAUGUAAUGUAUUAUGUCAAGUGUAUGGUUACCCAUACUUGGAAUGUGACAUCUGUAUUUAACCCAUCCAAGAGUAGGCCUAGUGAACACACACACACCCUAAGCAGUGGCACUGGGCAGCUAUCACUGCAGCGCCCAGGGAGCAAUGGGACACAGGUGGUUUGCUUAAGAGCACCUCAGUUGCAAUCUGGCAGCUGUGAGACUAAAACCGGCAACUCUUGGGUUAAAAGCCUGACUACAAUACCAAAAAAAUAUCUACUGACUCUGAAAAACACUAAAGGAAAAGAUAGCUCAGGUUCUUGCUCAUCUUAUACUGUACCAUAGGACUGCUGCAGGUAGAUAAGAGAACAGCAGAUGUGGUGAAAGCAAUCAACUGCAAUGUCCAUCUACUGUGAGACCCUAAUACAGCUGAUUGUCUCCUUAGACAUGAUUGAGAACUUACAAAUGCAUUGGUGGAUUAGUUGGCUAACAUGUCACAGCAAGAACUGACUAAACUGGUACAGUCCAUGAGCAUGAGAUGCACUGACACAACUGUUCAUUUUGUAUAGACACUGCAAAAAAUGAUUUUCAAGAAAAAAAUGUAUUUUCCGUAAAAAUAUCUAAAAAUUCUUAAAUUAAGAUGCUUUUCUUGAUGAGCAAAACGACCAAAGGAAAUAAGUCUAGUUUUUAGACCAAAAAUAUCAAAUUUAAGUGAUUUUGUGAAUAAAACAACAAAAAAAUCUGCCAAUUUUUUUUCUUGAAAAUAUUUUUUUGCAGUGCAGGAACUCAUUGUUCAAUUUCUGUUCAUCAAAUGUUUUUGCAAAUUGUUCAGUAGUGUACAUGUCUUAGUUAUUGAACCUUUUAUGUUAAUACAAAUAUGUACAUAAGCUAUUUGCUGUAAAAUAAAGCAGAU